GUACUGUUCAGUAUACCCAAGCCACAAGCAUGGGGCCACUUUCAUAGAUGUUGUAAUCAAAAUUUUAUUAUUAUUAUCUUAUAAUAACAAUAAUUUAAAAAAAUUAUUUUACUGUGAGAUAAGAACAUAUCGCGAUAAAAAUUUUACCUUUUGGAUAAAUUUAUAUUAUUGUCUUAUUGAACUUUAUAAUUCAUUUUUGGGAAGUUUUUGUUGCAAAAUGAAUGCUGAAGAGAAUAUUAUUUGUACGGGAGAUGUUAAUUUUGAAAUGCCGAAAUUUGGAUCGUAUGGUGAAUAUAUUUUGAAAGAAACAAUCAAAAAUGGUAUACAAGUUUUAAUGAUUGAUAGCGAAACGGAAGAAGUUUUAACGAAUCAAAAAUUAGUACAAAAUGUAUUACAAAAUAUUUAUGUAUUACAAAAAUUAAAUUUAAAAGCAGGAGAUAUAAUUUGCAUUUUAAGUGAAAAUCGUUUAGAAUAUUUUGUACCUUUAAUAGCCUCAUUAUGUUUGGGUAUUACAAUAGCUACAAUUAAUCCAUCUUUAACUGAUAGUGAGUUAUUACACUGUAUGGAUGUUAGUAAACCAAAAGUAGUUUUUAGUUCAGCAUACAGUUUAAAAAAUUUAUUAUCAAUAUUAAAUAAAUGUUCAUACAUUCAAUCAAUCGUAUGUUUUGAUAACAUAUCAAUACCAACGAAUAAUGUACCAGUUCAAUAUUAUUCAUAUAAAAAAUUAAUGGAACAAACCAAAAAUUCAAUGUUAAAUAUACGAAAAUUUCCAUUCCAACAAUUUAAUUUAAAAGAGACAAUAGCUUUAAUUAUGUAUUCAUCAGGAACUACUGGUCUACCGAAAGGUGUUAUGUUAACUUUACAUAAUUUAAUGUAUUUACAUAAAACAUUAAACUUACCACAAUAUUACCUCGAUGAUUCAACCGAUGUAACAAUAUCGAUAUUACCAAUGUAUCAUUCGUUUGGAUGUAUAGGUCAUUUAAAUGCGUUCACGAAACAAAUAACAAUGGUACAAUUAAAAAAGUUUGAUCCAGAACGUUAUUUCCAAUUAAAUGAAAAGUAUCAAGCAACGUUGUGUGCAGUUGUUCCACCAAUAUGUGUAUUGUUUGCGAAAUCGCCAUUAUUAAAUCGUUACGAUUUAUCCAGUAUUAAAAAAAUUCGAUGUGGUGCAGCACCUUUAAGCCAGUCAUUAGAAAAACAAGUUACUGCCAGAUUAAAUCUUGAUUUUAUUCGUCAAGGAUAUGGACUAACAGAAACUACGUUAGUUGUAACCAUGUAUCCAAAAGGCAUGACAUUGAAAUCGGGAUCAGUUGGUCCACCACUUAUCGGUGUAAAAGCUAAGGUUGUUGAUGUAACUACGGGCAAAGCUUUGGGCCCUUAUGAAAAAGGAGAACUAUGUUUUAAGAGUGAUACUUGCACGAAAGGCUAUUAUAAUAAUCCUGAAGCAACUGCAGAAAUUAUCGAUUCUGAUGGGUGGUUGCAUACGGGUGACGUUGGCUAUUAUGAUUCUGAUUAUUGUUUCUAUAUUGUGGAUAGAAUAAAACAACUAAUCAAAGUUAAAGGGCUUCAGGUGGCACCAGCAGAAAUUGAAGCUGUACUGUUACAAAAUCCAAAAAUUAAAGAUGCUGGUGUUAUUGGAGUACCCGAUGAACGAAGUGGAGAACUACCGUUAGCAUUUGUUGUUCGACAACCUAAUUCAAAUAUUACCGAAUUGGAAGUUGCUAAAUUCGUUGAAGAUCGUUUAAGUCCGUACAAACAUCUUAAAGGUGGUAUCCGUUUUGUAAAUGAAAUACCUAAGAAUCCAAGUGGAAAAAUAUUACGAAAUAAACUGAAAGACUUGUUAAAUGAUAAAUCAAAAUUAUAACUUAUAUAUUUUUUAAUAAAUUUUUAAUA